AGUUCUGGGACAUCUCUCUUCCUUUUGGGGUGUUUACUGGUUUUCCCAGAAUUUCAAGAGCUACUUCUCUCUCUCUCAUGGCCGCCUGACUCCACAUCAUUACUCUCUCUCUCUCCUUCUAAAACUUCCUUUCUACACCAGAGAUUUUCUUUCACACAGUUAGACACAGGGAAUUCUCGUGCUUAAGCUAUCAAAAUCCGGGGUUUUUGGUAGAAAUAGAUGUUUCUUCCGAUAUUAAAUAUUCCUGGAGAGAUAUCGAGAAGGGAAGGUUUUCGAAUGGAGAAAAUUGAAGAGUCAGGUAGCCCUGGUUGGGGUGCAUCAUUAUACCAGACCACUGAAGAUGUUGCAAAAGCUGUUGCUGCUGCUGCAGCUGCUGUUCGGUCCCCCAGGCCUUCUGUGGUAUAUUCAGCCAAAGAUGAUACUGGUAGCCCAAUGAAGAAACUUCAGAAUCAAGUUUCUAAAUUGAUUAAAGGUUUAUCAAGUCCUCCUGAAGCAAAAAGUAGACUUUACAACCCAGAAAUAUUAACUAGCCAAAAACGCCAAUGGGCCAACUUUCAGUUGCAAUCUCUGGAUCACAGAGUUUGGAAAGAACCAUCAAGGCUGUUUGAAAGCAUGGUAGUCGUUGGACUUCAUCCUAGUUGCGAUAUUCACGCACUUCAAAGCCUUUACUUUUCAAGGAAGUCUGAAGGUUCAGGAAGAUUUAGAAGUGCUCUCAGUGGUCAGCAUCAUUCACGUGUGGAACCCAACCUUGAGCCUCAGGUCUUGUUUGUAUACCCUCCAGAAAAACAACUUCCAUUGAAGUACAAGGAUCUUCUUUCAUUCUGUUUCCCAGCUGGAGUAGAGGUUCAUGCUGUUGAAAGAACUCCUUCAAUGAGUGAGUUAAAUGAAAUACUUUUAGGGCAGGAACACCUGAAACAAAGUGAUCAGUCAUUUGUGUUUAGGCUGCAGGUUGCUGAUAAUUCAACUCUUUAUGGUUGCUGCGUAUUAGUUGAAGAAAUUGUUCAAAAACCCUCUGGAUUGAUUUCAAUGAUGUCAGAAGGCCAGCCGUCUCAAAAUGGCUUGAGUCGCCAUAUUUUGACUACACGCCGUUGUUAUUGUAUUCUUUCCAGGCUUCCAUAUUUUGAGCUCCAUUUUGGUGUACUGAAUAGCAUCUUCAUUGAGGAGAGGUUGGAGCGGUUAACAAAACAAAUUGGUGAUCUUGAUAUCAAUCCUUCCACACUUUUUGAUAAAGAAGAUUUUGAAGAAAAAUCUUCUAGCACUUCAUUGGAUGAUAGGGAACACAACCUGUUGGAUGGAGCUCCUGACAAUUCUCAGUCAAGCACAUGCGAAUCUGUUACCGUGAUAAACAUCAAUGAGAGAUCUCAUGCGGAAAAUGAAAGUUUAGAAGGGUGCAACUCCUCUUCAAAGGAGACUAGUUGUGAUAAUGCUGUUGCAGUUGAUAGUGACAUACAGAAGCAUCACGAGACUAAAGUUGACAUAUACCCUUCAGAGGAAGCUAGCUGUGCUGACAUAGGGAAACAUCAUUCAACUAAAGAGGAUGUCUCUUCAAAGGAGGCUAGCAGCGGUGGCAUAGAGAAACAGCAUGAGACUAAAGGGGAUGCCUCAUCUUCAAAGGAAGCUAGCAGCAGUGACUUAGAGAAACAGAAACAGCAUGAGACUAAAGGAGAUGCAUCCUCUUCAAAGGAAGCUAGCGACAGUAAUGAUGUUCCAAUUGAUGGUGACAUAGAGAAACAUCAUGACAGUAAGGAGGACAUAUCUUCAAAGGAAGCUAGCAGUGACAAUGCUAUUCCAAUUGAUGAUGACACAGAGAAGCAUCAUGAUAGUAAGGGAGAUGUAAUUGGAUCAGAAAGACUUGAUUCUGAUACUUGCGAAGAUGAUAACAAACAUUUGGUUGAGAGGAGUCUGCCAAAUGCUGUUUUGCCACUUUUACGAUAUCAACAAUAUGAGAGCUCAGACUCUUCAUAUAGUUUCCAGGGCUCUCCAAGUGAAGAUAGGCAUUUCAGGAGUGACAUUGAUGAAGCAGAGACAGAAGUAUCUUUUUCAGGCCAAGAUGAAUCCAGUCAAAAUAGUGAUAUACUUGAAUGGGCCAAGGACAGUAACCAUGGCUCCUUGCAAAUAAUAUGUGAGUACUACAAGCUACAGCUCCCUGCAAGUGGUUCAACAAUUAAAUUUCACCCUCUGGAUCACUUACAUCCUUUAGAAUACCAUAGACCUGAUGAAACAGUUUUACAUGUUGCUGGAUCUACAAUUGACUUAAAAUCAUGCAGCACAAGUUUGGAACUGGCAGAGGUUCACAAUGCUCUCAUGGUGGAAGAGGAGGCGAAUGCUUUGUCUGUCUGGGCCAUUGCAUGUUUAUGUGGUUCCUUGCGUCUGGAGCAUGUCUUAACAUUGUUCGCAGCGGCUCUCCUGGAGAAGCAAGUUGUAGUAGUUUGUUCGAAUUUGGGCAUAUUAUCUGCUUGCAUCAUGGCCAUUAUUCCACUGAUUCGUCCCUACCAGUGGCAGAGCUUGUUAAUGCCGGUUUUGCCAAAUGAUAUGUUGGACUUUUUGGAUGCACCUGUUCCCUAUAUUGUAGGUGUAAAGAACAAAAACUCUGAAUUGCAGUCGAAGUUAACAAACGUUGUUCUUGUAGAUGUGAACAAGAAUCAGAUGAAGUCGCAUUCAAUACCACAAUUACCCCAACAAAAGGAACUAUACGCAUCCUUAAGUUCGUACCAUGGAAAACUUGUGGGAGAGAGUUUCUUGGGAAAGAAAAGGCCAGUUUAUGAGUGUACCGAUGUGCAGGCUGAAGCUGCUAGGGGUUUCCUAAGAGUGUUGCGGUCUUACCUGGAUUCACUUUGUUCUAAUCUUCGCUGUCACACAAUUACCAAUGUUCAAUCAAAUAAUGAUAAGGUAUCAUUGCUCUUGAAGGACAGUUUCAUCGAAUCUUUCCCCUACCGAGAUCGACCUUUUAUGAAGCUCUUCGUGGACACACAGCUCUUCUCUGUACAUACAGAUUUUGUACUUAGUUUCUUCCAAAAAGAAUAGGGCGAUGUACAAGGUUGUUUGGCAAUGUGACCAGUGGAACGCAAGUUCUAUUGCAAUCUGUAUUAUCAUUAUAUGAUUAUUGUUAUUCUUAACAUAGAAUUUUUGUUUAAUCAUAUGCCAUAGAAGAUGUCACCCUUCUCCUUGCUCUGUUUCAAA